CUUCAUCGUAGUGAGAUAGGCUCAGUGCGACGCACUUGGUGUGGUGUCUUAUUCUGAGACGUAGUUCUUCGCCGUUUUUGAUCUUCGUAAAAUAUCUCGGGAGCACGACACAAGAGAAGAAGAUGCUGGGCUCUCUUCCUUGCGACUGCGUCUCUAUUUUUCGACCAGUGCUUCUUGCCGUGUCACUGUUGCUUGUUUUCCUUUUGCAGACGACCAUCGGUCCCGUCUCGGCCGAGAAUACGGCCGCGCCGGUCCACCAUCCUCGGAGGCCCGGCGCGUUGUUGCGCACCGAAUUAAGAAAUGUUGAAGCCGAUCCACCGGGUUCCCAGGAAGCGACCACCGAUUCGGCCACAACUACAGAGGUAUCUUCUGUAUCCGAUGAGGGGGAGGAACUGCAGGAUGCGCUACGGCCCGAGAUGAAAUCGAAGUUGGCUCCAACAGCAACGAAAGCAAGAGUAGAGACUAGAAUCCGACCCGAAAAGAAAGGCAAGCUGCAGGCGGCGUUCUCCCGGGAAAGCAAGACGAGGAAGAGAGGGGCGCGCAAAGGAAAAACAGGCGCCAAGUCGCGCGUGUCAGCAACGCACACGCACUCGGACACAGUUCUUGUGAAACACACCCGUGCCAGUAGUUCUAGUUCAACUGGCACUUCUGCACUGUCGCAGACUAAAAGACGCGGGCAUGGAACGAAAAAGCCACUGCGACACGAGAUCUCAGCACAGCAGCACCGCGGGGAAAAAGCGAAGGCAAAAGGCAAAGGAGACGAGAAUUCAUCUGCAGAAGAACGUACUGCUGUAAAAGCCGAGGGGGCUUCUACUUCGCGUUCCCACGCCGCAGUAGUGGGUGCGGUAUUGUCGGAGCAGGGAGACGUGGUGGCGCACGGAAGGAGGAAGCACAAGAAGAGACCUGCGCAGCACCACCGUUCUCACGGUGCCGGAGAGGCACUUCUUGGCGACUCGCAUGCAGAUGAGCCGGUAAUCAAGCGACUUGGCGUUGAGCCUCGCCAGGACCAUCGGAAGCACGGGAAAAGGAGAAAACCGCAGCCGGGGCAGCGUCAAACUGCGCCAGCUUUCAAGCAGGAAAUGAACGUUGACGGCGAUGUCGCGGAAGCGGAAGCCAGUGCAACGGACGAAAUAUUCGACGAAACGUUAGAAAACAGGCCGACGGUUCCUGAUGCUUCAGCAAAUUCUGAAGUUAGUCCAGAUAGAGGUGCGAUUGAUCGCUACCCCAAGGACCAGUACGUUGCGGCAUCGGUGCCGCAAGGAAAAGGUGCGGAAGAUACUUCUACCGGCAACCUUCCGCACUACGAUAAGGUUGCGGCUGUCUCUCGUGAAGAAGACAUAAAUCCGGGUGCUGUUGGUACCACCCCGCUGACGCAACCUCCUCACCUUCCGCUUCCCGCCGGGCUCGACUCACUGAUCGCAAACCUUGUGCAGCAGACGAGAAAUAAUGCCCCGCAGAAUUAUCUGCCGCAACAAGCUGCACAGGCAAAUGCGCCGUCAAGGAUGCAAAACGAAAAGCAAGUUUUUUUCCGUGGCGGAGGGCCUGCCGCUGCUGCUCCACCGCAAGACUUUUCGGGCGCAAUCAGCCGAUUGGCACAGGAGGUCUCUUCGCACAUCCUUGCGACUACAGGUGUGAAGGACCACUCGAAGGGGCUGCAAGAAGGCGGAGCAUCGAGCGCCGCGAACUGGGUUUCCUCCCUGCUGGCAGCGAGUGCUGCAACCAGUAAGAGCGCCAACAAUAAUUCCACCACCUCUUUUACCGACGCUUUGCAAAACCUGAUUGCCCAGGAGGUCACCCGGCAGGUGCACGCGCAGCAGUCUUCCUCCAGCGCCCAGGUGGACCUGGAGAAGGCCUUGCAGAAUCUCAUCAGCGGGGCGAUUUCGCAGACGCUUGGCGGCACCCAGACGGGAGGUGGUGGCUUUGGAACCGCAGGGCAGCCGUAUAACUACAACAGCUUGUAUCCCGGGUUUCUGACCGGCGGCUUCAACCCGUACUACGGGUUCUACUCGCCAACUGGUGUUGCGACUGGGCAACAGGCCAGUAUCAACGCGUCAAGUGGAGGUGGCGCAAGUGGUGGUGGUCAGUCACAAGGGGGCGUUGCAGUUCCUGGAGGUGGGCAGCAGCAUCAAAGCGCGGGAGGUGGUACAGCUGCUUCCGGACAAGCGACAGUGACCACUGGAAGAAGCAACGACCCACCCUCACCCGGGAUCCAGCUCCGAGCGCACAUAUUCCACUGCGGGAAAAAGCCGGCUGGGUGCUACUCGCUCGACAGCCAGAGUCUCGUGCAGCUUGGACACGGUGUGAAGCAAGUGUGCCCCGGGUUCCGCUCGCAGUACACCAACGGCCUGCGGUACCCCCUGCUUGCGGCGAGCCCGGGUGCGUGCAGGGUGGACGAGGGCGACCCCGCCGACGCAGCGGAGUUUCGGGGGUGGAUGGUGCGCUCGGCGGAGGAGAAUGAGAUGAAACAUGGCGCAGCAAGUUCCAGCACGUCUUUCCUAGAAACAAGAACGAAUGUUGAGGGUACCACGACUGGCUCCGUGUCGCAAAACAAUAGAGCAGCCGGCGGCAAGAUGUUGAACAGCAUGCCGCAGAAUUUUUUUCACGCCAGCGACUGUUCCCUCAGUUCCAACCUGUUUUCCCGCGAUCUGGUUUACGACACGCAGGACCAACGCCUCCUCCCGCCCCGCGGCGCCGUCGGGCUCUCCAGCGGGGUCAUCACCGACGGUCGGGCUGCGCCGCAGGCGAUGCGUUAUGAAUUCGAGCUGAAGCCGCGGCGGUUGAAGUCAACCACCGGAUUGCUCCUGUACAAGAUCCGCCUGCACUGUAGAAACGGCGCCACGGUCGGGUGCGGAAAGUACCUUUGUGUCGAGCAACAGGAGGUCUUGCCGUGUUUGUCCGGGAAGGCAAGCCAGGCGGAUUGGUUCGCGGUCAUUCCCGGACCGGUGCACUUUGCGCCGGCGCACCAGCAGAAGCCGUACUCCUUUGCAGCAAGAGGUGGUGCGGUUCGGGGUCCUCAACACAUCAGUCGGGCGUUGCAUAGGAGAGAGCAAGAAGACGGCGUCGCUCUAGGAGAACGUGAUAUUGCAUCGAGGGAGCAAGACUCAUCCUCGGCCCAGGAUGAAGCUGCAGCUAGAAACAGUCGAUCGCACCGGAAAAGUCGUGUUGAAACUACUCGCCGCGGUGACGCAAGGGCCUCCCCUGCAGUAGCCGAUGACGCCUUCCGGUUACAAUCCUCGGCCUCGCAGUGGCGCGGCGGCGGCGAUGUGAUUGUGAACGAGGAUGCAAAUGCGUUUCCUGCCAGUUAUCCGUAUAAGCAGCGUGCGCAUGCUCGCAACGGAGAUAAUGUGGGGACAGCGGAAGCCCUUGACGACGUCUCUGACUUCUACGACGACGAAGAAGAAGAAACGUCGCCAGAAGUCGUAGCAGGCGCGGCGACAAGCUUCCUCGAAGUUUCCUCUCUGGCUACAAGACAUCAAAGAGCUACACAAAGUCAUGCCUCGUCUGUGGCGCGCAGUAAAAGUUUGCAGCAGCAGGAGACGAGGCAUCAACAGCAAGCUGUUUCCGCUACGGGACACUCCGUCAACCCGUACAGCCAAUGCUUCGAUGACCUCGAGCGCUUGAUCUUCGGCUGCGCUUGCCACCGCAGUUGCAGCCAGUGUGGCUGGAGUCGCAACCCUACUCGCCCGGACAACUGCAUCAGCUGCGUCGCGCCCGGCGCGAAUGUCCGACCAGUGUACAUCGAUGGUGCCGGUGUCUGCCCCGACGUCAUGCCACUUCCCGCACCACCACCACAUGCGAAUUUCGGUCCGCGGGAUCACAGUGCGUUUCCGAUUCGCUCACCGAACUACCAAGACCCGUAUGGCGUGAACGUCCGAGACCAAAAUCAGUACUUCGCAUACUUGCGGGCGCAACAGAACGCCCGCGACGCCUACACAGACCAACACCUGCGCGCGGACGGGAACUCGCAGGCGCUCCGCGACUGGGAAAUAGCGCAGUGGGCCAACACGGAUCCGCGGGCGGCCGGGUUUCGAAAUAAACCUCCGCCGGGGUACCAUUUUUAUCAAGACAGCGGUACUUCUAUUGGGCCCCCAGCGCCAUGCAAAAACAGUCAUGGCGGUUACUACUACUCACCGCACCGCCCGUCCACCGAUUAUCAUUACAUCUACCACAUGCGGAACGGCGAUCCGUACUUGCCUUUCGUCCCGACGGUCGCGGCCGGAAGCACUUCGUCAGGCGGGAGCAGUACGACCGGGGGCAACAGCACACAAAACACAACCACGACCUGGACGGCGGGCGGUGGCGCGGGCGGGUUUCCGAUCAGUAUCAAGGUGCACACCAGCGUGAAGACGGAUGACGGGAACAGUGGCGGCAAUGCUAAUAUCAUUGGGCCGAUCGCGGCCGGAAGUGGUGGCAGCUGGAACAAUCCUGGUUCUCCCGGUGGGGGAUCCGGUACCGGUUGGCCAGUGUAUUCCUUCUGGCCAGGAACGGGUGCUGGUUCUUGGGGCAGUGGUGGCGGCGGGGGCAGUUUCGGUGGCGCAGGCGGCUCUGGUUCUUCAGGGUCACCAAGUUCCGUUUCCAGCGGUUCUACCGCAGCAACGAAAACUCCCAGCGGACAACCAGCAUCUACUGGCCAGCAAUCGACGCCCAAUACUGCCCCUGCGUCCUUCUUCAAGCCGUAUGGGAGCCACAGUUGCACCGGCACCAACACCUCUAGUGCAGCGGUGGUGCACACAACAAGUGCCUUAGAUGUUUGUGCCCAGUUCUGCAUAACCAACAACGACUGUCGAGGCUUUCAAGUCAUUGUGCCGAGUGGACAGGGGUUGAAUGUUACAGGAAACAAUUCCAAUACCAGCGGGAAUUCGUCCUCUGGAGUUGUGAACCAAACCACCGUUCUUCAGAAUAACGCCUCAACUACUCCGUCGCUACUGUCCAACGCGAUAGUUGAUUGCGAAAUCUUUUUCGCGCCCGUGGCCCCGUCUCUGACCAACGACUCCGCAUCGACGUGCUUUGUCCGAUUGCAGCAAGUCACACCACGGUACGUCGCCCUGCCGCCGACCGCGCGCUCGGUGUUCGACCUCAUCCUGGAUCCGGAGAAGCGGGAGUUUUGCCAGAACAACGUGCCACUAGCGAAGGAGAACAGCGACGGAAGUUUCAAGUACGUUCCUCCGCCAGCGAUAACAGCCGCGACUGCAACGAGGUCGCAGAGGGGCACGGGCAAAAAUCAUUCCGGUGACAAAAACAGCAAACACACACAGGAUGAUCGUGUUGAACACGCAGCAACAAACAACGGAGCUUCAUCGUCGGCUCCAGGGGCAGUUUCUGAGAUGGAAUCCUCCAAACUCGGCUACGGGCCCUUCAAAAUGUCCCUCAGUCUGAGCAUCCCGGGGCAAACCGACUACUGGCAGAUUGUUGGAGCGACAGAGUUCUAUCGUGCGAUGGAGGAGGGUGUGCAUGCGAUUUUACUCGAGCACGACAGCAACGUGACCCUUCACGCAGUGGAUGUGACUGACGUUUUGCCCGUGCAGCCCAUUUUGCUCGAGACAAGUACCACUGGGAAGAAGCAAGCGUUGCUCGUCGCCGAACGUAACGUCACCACAAGUGGCAAUGUUCAUGCCAAACGUGCGUCCGUGGACGCAGAACAGGGGAUAACCACGGAAGGCACGCCUGCUGCCUCUUCCUCCGCCGUCGAGGUGCAAAAAUCUGCUGAGCAUGUUGCGAACUCUUUUCGCAUGGAAAUUUCGUGCGUCGUGCAUUUCAACUCGACCAACACGAAUCUGGUCGACGCGAAGCAGGUGCCUUACGAGUACGUGGGCGAGGAUUCCACGAAAAAUCGCCACCUACUCGACAUAGCGUUCGAGGACUGGAGUUUGUCCUACGCCGUGCUGCAUAUUGCAGGUAUGGAGGAUGUUUGUUGAAUUAUGGCAGAUUUUUUGUUGUGAGUGGUCGUCUGCGUCUGCAAUUUUCAGUAACAUCCAGCAAAUUACCAGCUAAAAUUACUACUAUUCCAACGGUAUUGAUCAUGAUCUCCUCCCAAUCCAGGUAUGUCCUGCGAGGGUUCUGACUGCGACUUGCACGAAGCAAAACCCGCCUCGAAGAAGGAAGAAGAAGAGCCCUCAACCCUUCCGUGGCUCUGGAUCUUGUUUUCGCUCGCGCUCCUCGGAGCGGCGGUUUCGGGUGGGUAUUGGUACUUCUAUGUUCAUCGAGAAGGUUCCGCCAACACCGGCGCCGACGACGGCACACCUGCGACCGGGGGAGAGGGUGCUGCUGCAGAAGCGGGACAGGAAGGGGUGGAUAGUGAUGAAGGUCAAGGAGAGCAGCAAAGGAACGCACCGCUGGAACGCGACGCGGAUGCGGAGUCAGUUGCUUCGAAGGAGGCCCCGUCGGGCACAGGGGAGGCCAGGAGCGACGAGGAAAACGAGUUCUGAUUCUGUAAUGUGACACACACAACAGUACCGGUAGUUCGUUCAUCAACGAACGGCGGUUACGUAUGAACACGAGAAUAGAGGACAAGUUUGAAGCACCAGCAGGACUUCGUUCUCGGUGCGAUUGCAAAUGCAAGAAAGAUGAAAGCAACAUGAGCAGCAGCAUUCAGAGCCACUACAGAGAGCAAGAGGUGCUGUUCGAAAAGCAUUUACGUGGUGCAGUAGUUCAAAUGCAAAAUCGGUCUUGGUGUCAACCACCAGUAGAGCUAGAUCGGACAAUGUUCUUCGUUG